AUGUGCAACCUCAUUGUCUGCUGCAAUUUGAUCUUGGCAUACGCUUUGCCGUCGGCCGCGCAAUCGCAACUCUUUCGGCCAGCAGCAAUCCCCAUCGCCGCCCACUCUCCCUACCUUCUCAACUAUCUCCCAACAAAUCGCUCAGGACCGUCCUUCACCGUAUUUCAAGAAGGAUAUAGCGCCCAAGUUCAGGCUUGGGUUGGUCUCAUCAGGGUGGAUGGAACGACGUAUGCUUGGGCUGGAGAAAUUGACGCCAUCUCUCCAUAUGUACAAGCCACCGUCCCGACGGGACCCCAGCAAACGCUGUCCCCGACGAGUACCGUAUUCACAUAUCAAGCAGGGCCCGUGCAAGUGACUGUCACCUUUCUCAAUCCUAUCGAGCCGGAUGAUCUGGUGAAGCAAUCCAUCCCCGCAUCAUACCUCUCGCUCGACGCUCUGGCGACAGACGGAAGGUCUCACUCGAUACAAGUAUACACCGAUAUAACCGCUGAGUGGGCAUCUGGAGAUCGAUCCCAGAACGUCACUUGGUCUACGACCACCACCGAUGACGUCAUGUAUCACUCAAUUUCUACGAUCAACCAGAUGCCGUAUCGUGAAGUACUCGCACAGUCGGCCUGGGGCACUGUAUACUAUGCAACACAGAAGACUCCUGGUACGACAUACAGGACCGGCGACUAUAGCUCUACUCGCAUUCAAUUUGUACAAAACGGCACACUCGACAACACAGAAGAUACCGCUUUCCGUAGCAUCAUUGAUUCGUAUCCAGUGGUCGCGUUUGCCCGAGACCUGGGAAACGUCUCGAAAGCGACAUCACCUAUCGUCUGGACCGUCGCAAAUAUUUGCGACUCUAACAGCACAGGGGCCCUCACGUAUACUGAUCUCUCCGGACAGGUUCAGGCGAGGAGUCUGUACUAUCGCGACCAUUAUACUGAUGAUAGGGCUUUGCUUGUCGACUUCCUUUCCGACUUUCCUGCGGCGUACAAGAGAUCUCAGUCAUUGGACGAGAAGAUCACGCAAGCAGCCGUAGUCGCAGGCGGUGUGAACUACGCGGACAUUCUCUCUCUUGCGACACGUCAAGCCUACUGUGGCAUCGACAUCACACUCGGGCGCAAUGCUAACGGAUCUGUGAAUGUUAGCGAUGUCAUGGCCUUCUACAAGGAUACUGGAUUCCAUGACAGUGGCAAUGGAAAUGCUCCAGUUAGUCCGAUUGAUGGACUACUCAACAUCUUUCCUGCGUUUCUGUACCUUGAUCCCGUACUCUGCGGCGCACUUCUGGAACCCCUGCUUCGCUUUCAAACCAAUUCAUCUUACACCAAUGGCUACGCUGCACUCAAUUUGGGCCCUCAGUACCCUUCCGCAGUCGCCAGUACAGAGUCCCAUUCGCAGAGUAUAGAGACAUCGUCGGGGAUGAUCAUCAUGGCAUGCGCACAUGCGAAGGCAACAGGCGAUCACAGCAUCAUCGAGCGAUAUUCCGCUCUCUUAAACAAAUGGGCUGAUUACUUGGGGCUCAAUACCCUGAAUGCUUCAGCCCAGAUAUCGAAUGAGGGCGUUACUCGCAGCGACGAGACUGAUCUUGCUCUCAAAGGGAUUGUCGCCAUUCAAGCAAUGGCGGACGUGAGCCUCGCGUUGAAUGACUCCGCUAGCGGAGAAGCAUACUCUUCGAAGGCGAGGACGUUGUACUCACAAUGGGCAACGAAGGCGCUAGCUUCGGAUGGUCACCUCCGCUUCAGUUAUGACGAGCCGGAUUCAAGUUUCUCCCUCGGGCAAAGCAUGUUUUGGGACCUUCUUUUGGGGACCAGAUUGCUCAACACCACCGUCAUUGACGCUCAAACACGUUACAUCGCAGGCAAGGUGCAGACUUAUGGCGCGCCAACGGACAGCACCAACACUUCCAUAGCUUCUGCAAACUUGAAUAUGCUGGCAGCGGCUAUUGCUACUCGCGAUAACAAUACCAAACUGGCCCUCAUAGGCGCUGUCCAUAAUUGGGCCAAUAUACAGUUCACGUCUACAGCUACAAUCGGGCAGUUCCCGCUCACGUACGAUGCGCAAACCGGUAGCGUGAUUACAGGCAACUCCAGUCCUCGUCAGGGUGCCGCAUACGCGCUUCUGCUCGUCAAUGCAUCUUCUUUUAUCAGUGGUACUGAUUCGGGCGCUGCGCAUCCAACAGAAGUGGGGAAGAGCAGGUUUGGCACAUCAGUGGGCGUCAUCGUCGGCGCGACGAUUGGCGCGGUAGCUGGUGUAUGUCUGCUUGUCGGGCUUCUUCACAUCGUCAGGCGACGCAGAUCGGCUUCAACGAGCGGAUCUGUCGCGCGUUGGGACAAUGAACCGGUGCGGGAAGCCGUGAUGCGACAAGCGUCGUCCGUCCCUCACCCACUGGACAUCGCGCCUUUCGUGGAGACCGAUCCUACCUGGCACCCCCUAUCGUCUUCCGUCAGUGACUCUAAUCCGUCUGUGGACCAGAUGGAGCGAGAGCCUGAGGCGGGGACCAAGCGGGCCUUCAGAUUGCGUCGCUUACUGCAUGAGGAGCACCUGCAGCAAUCGGCGUCCACCAACGCCAAUCCACCACCAUCGGCUACUUUGGCCCCUCAAGAUCAGGGAGAUGCCGGGGUACUACACGAAAUUGACAAUAUCUGGCGGGAGAUUGGUGCCCUGCGCUCGAGCGGCGCCAUGUCUGCACCUCCAGAAUACAACGCGUGA